GUAGAAGCGCUGCAGGUCGCCGGGAUCCAUGCCGUUUCAUCCGGUGGGGGUUGGCAGGCGCGUCCCCUGACCUGUUUGGGAUUUAGGAUUAAACUCCCAUUGAGAAUGCUCCUGGCCGGAUUACUUAAAGACCCUUGAGACACGAGGUUUCACCGUGGCAGCAGACCCCGCGGCCCCAUGGAGCCCCGAAUCCCGCCCAGCCUCCCCAUCGCCCCGAGUUCCAUCAUGGUCCAGCCGCUGCUGGACAGCCGCGUGCCGUACGGCCGGCUCCAACACCCGCUCACCAUCCUGCCCAUCGACCAGAUGAAGACGACCCACGUGGAGAACGACUACAUCGACAACCCUGGCCUGGCCCAGUUGGCCAGCCCCAAGCCGGCACGCGGGGGAGGGCCCGAGCCGGCUGCGGCGGCAGCGGCAGCGGUCCCCCCGGCCCAGCGCUGCGACCACGAUGUCACCCACCCGUGGAUCUCCUUCAGUGGACGGCCCAGCUCCAUCAGCAGCAGCAGCAGCACGUCCUCGGACCAGCGGCUGCUGGACCACAUGGCGCCGCCCCCGGUGGCCGACCAGGGGUCCCCGCGGCCCGUGCGCAUCCAGCCCAAGGCCGUCCAGUGCAAGCCCCUGGACCUGAAGGGCCCCUUGCCCCAGGAGCUAGACAAGCACUUCCUGCUCUGCGAGGCCUGCGGUAAGUGCAAGUGCAAGGAAUGCGCCUUGCCUCGCUCUCUGCCCUCCUGCUGGAUCUGCAACCAGGGCUGCCUCUGCUCCGCCCAGAGCCUGGUCAACUACAGCACCUGCAUGUGCCUGGUGAAAGGCGUCUUCUACCACUGCACCAACGAAGACGACGAGGGCUCCUGUGCCGACCACCCCUGCUCCUGCUCUCACUCGAACUGCUGCGCCCGCUGGGCCUUCAUGGGCGCCCUGUCCCUCGUGCUGCCCUGCCUGCUCUGCUACCUGCCGGCCACCGGCUGCGUCAAGCUGGCCCAGCGUGGCUACGACCACCUGAGCCGGCCCGGCUGCCGCUGCAAACACACGAACAGCGUCAUCUGCAGGGCGGCUGGAACAGACGGCCAGGCCAACAGACCCGAGAAGCCUUUCUGAUCUCCAUCCCACCCCCCUCCGUGGGCACCCCCGUCCCACCCGCCGCUCCACCCUCCCUCCAUCCCCACCCUGG